GUUGCUGGGAGGCGAUGAUGACGUAUCAGAAUCGGGCACUUCCGGCUUCGGGUGCUGAUGAGAUUGGAGAAGUGAACCGGUGAUGCUUUGUGUUUUCCUUUAGAUUUUAAUGCUUUUGUUUAGAUUUAUAGCCACCGAUUUCUGCAUUUACGCAAGACAAUAUAGGAGACAGUCCUGAGUCUGACUGGGUUCGAGAUAAACAGACUACGAUUAAAUCACAUUGAAGAUGUCUGACAGAAGUGACCUGAAAGCAGAGCUUGAGCGCAAAAAACAGCGCUUAGCCCAGAUUCGAGAGGAAAAGAAGAAAAAGGAGGAAGAGAGAAAAAAGAAAGAAUCCGAGAUGCUACAGAGAGCAGAGAAUGUGUCAGAAGACUCAGAUCUAGACAGAAAGAGACGAGAGACAGAAGCUUUGUUGCAGAGUAUUGGAAUUUCACCAGAACCACCUUUAGUGCAGCCGCUGCAGCUUUUAACAUGGGAUACCUGUUAUUUUCAUUAUUUAGUCCCAACCCCUAUGUCUCCCUCUUCGCUAUCAGUGAGUCCGCCCAGUGAAACUGGAAGUCAGGAGUCCAUAGAUGGAGGGACAGUGGAAAGGACAUUACAAUGGGAUACUGACCCUUCAGCUCUUCAGCUUCUUGCAGAUUCUAUGCAUGGGUGCAGGAUGCAAAGGCUUGGAGCAUCAAAAAUUGUUCAGAUUGACUUCAUGCCAAAAGAACUGGUGACAUACUCUAAAGAGACACAAACGCCUGUCGCACCUGAUCAGUCUGAAGAGGAAGAAGAUGAGGAACUAUCAGUGACCAAACCUGAGCCGGUGCCACAACAUCCAGAGGAGGAGAUCUCUCGGGAGACUGAGAAAGUUCAUCCCAGAGAACUGACCAGUGAGGAGAAAGAGCAGAUUACUCACUCAGAAGACUUCCUGUUUUUCUUUGAUCGAAGCAUCCGUGUAGUAGAGAGAGCCCUGGCUGAGGACACAGACAUUUUCUUUGACUACAGUGGGCGUGAUAUGGAGGACAAAGAAGGGGACAUGCAAGCUGGAUCAAACCUCUCCUUUAAUCGACAUUUCUAUGAUGAACAUUGGUCCAAACAUCGAGUUGUCACAUCCCUCGAUUGGUCACCACAGUAUCCUGAAUUGUUAGUGGCCUCAUACAACACUAAUGAGGAUGCACCUCAUGAGCCGGAUGGAGUUGUGCUCGUCUGGAACAUAAAAUUUAAAAGGACGACCCCAGAGUACAUAUUUCAUUGUCAGUCCUCUGUGAUGUCAGUGGGCUUUGCUCAGUUUCAUCCUAACCUGGUGAUAGGAGGGACCUACUCAGGGCAGAUAGCACUGUGGGACAAUCGAAGCCACAGAAGGACGCCAGUGCAAAGGUCACCACUGUCCGCUAGUGCACAUACUCAUCCCAUAUACUGUGUGAAUGUUGUCGGUACACAAAAUGCUAACAACCUGAUCACAGUAUCCACAGAUGGCAAGAUGUGUUCCUGGAGUCUGGACAUGCUGUCACAGCCUCAGGAGAGUAUGGAGCUGAUCUACAACAAGUCAAAGCCUGUAGCAGUCACCUGUAUGGCCUUCCCUGCAGGUGAUGUCAAUAACUUUGUGGUAGGAAGUGAGGAGGGCACAGUUUACACAGCAUCCCGCCAUGGAAGUAAGGCUGGUAUUGGUGAAAUGUAUGAUGGGCAUCAGGGUCCUGUGACUGGAAUCAGCUGCCAUAACGCUGUGGGUCCAGUCGACUUCUCCCAUCUCUUUGCCACUUCCUCUUUUGACUGGACGGUCAAACUGUGGUCGACCAAACAUAACAAGCCCCUCUAUUCCUUUGAAGACAACGCAGACUAUGUGUAUGAUGUGAUGUGGUCUCCUGUACAUCCAGCCGUCUUUGCUACAGUAGAUGGCAUGGGUCGCUUGGACCUUUGGAACCUCAACAACUACACAGAGGUGCCAUCUGCAAGUGUGACAGUGGAGGGGGGAUGUGCUCUAAACCGGGUCAGAUGGGCAUCAGGGGGCAGAGAGGUAGCAGUGGGUGAUUCAGAAGGCCGUGUUUGGAUCUAUGACGUAGGAGAGAAGUUAGCUGCGCCCCAUACAGAAGACUGGAGCAAAUUUGCCCAUACUCUUAUGGAGAUCCGGGCAAACCGAGAUGGAGAGGAGGAACGAAUUGUGGAACUGACUGCCUGAGAGCCACACACGCAUACCUUAACACAUACACGCACUCACGUUUACAUUCAGUGAGACAAGUAAAGAUAUGCCAGAACAGAUGCCAGAAAUAAACUGAAUCACACAUCCA